AUGAAGGUCACUAUCAAAGAGUGGAACGCUGUCGCGACCUGGCGCUGGGACAUGCCCGACGAUGAGGUCUGUGGUAUCUGCCGCGUCCAGUUUGAUGGUACCUGUCCGACCUGCAAGUUUCCCGGCGACGAUUGCUCUUUACUGCUUGGGAAAUGCGGUCAUUCUUUUCAUAUGCACUGUUUGAUGACAUGGAUCCAGCAAGAGUCCUCCAAGGGGCUCUGUCCCAUGUGCCGACAGAAAUUCGAAUGGAAACAAAAUGACGAAGAACAACAACAACAACAACAAUAGUUGAUCAGGGACCAUCUGUUGGUUAUUCGAAGAAGGCGUUGAUCAUAUCAGCGACUAUGAUACCCAUUCUAUUCUACCUGUCUGAAUUACUCAUUGUUAUAUGCAUUCUUGCUUCUCCUCGUUCAUGUACAUAUACCCCUUCCUCGCAAUCAUCCUAAGCAGUGAUUACAAUGGCCGAUCAGAU